AUGUCUGACGAUGAAGUAAUUCUGGAGCCAGAAUUGCUUAUGCAUACCCUACAUACGCUACCCAAGCAAUGUAAAAAGUAUUGGAAUAAGCGAUACAAAAUCUUCUCCAAGUAUGACGAAGGUGUUUUCCUUUCAUCGGAAUUAUGGUACUCUGUCACACCAGAGAUCACCGCAGAGGCUACUGCACUUCUAGUAAAAAAGUUGAUUCCAGACUGUAAAAACGUGCUAGAUGUUUGUUGCGGUGGCGGGGGUAAUACCAUUCAAUUUGCUAAAUUGUUCGAACGUGUGGGAGGUGUAGAUAUCAACCCAACUAAUGUGAAAUGCUCCAGACACAAUUGUCUGAUAUAUGGCGUGAGUGAAAAGACAUGGUUCAUCGAGGGAGAUUGGUUAGAACUAGCUAAAAGUCCAAAAUGGCUUCCCGAAGAUUUGACGGACGGGAAAUUCGACUUUGUCUUCUGCUCUCCUCCGUGGGGUGGGCCUAACUACAAACACCAACUGACCUUCGACUUAAAUGUGAUGCAGCCAUUUAAUUUAAGAGAGCUUUGUAAUAGUAUGAUGCCUUUGGCAAAGAAUUUUGGGUUUUUUCUUCCGCGCAAUCUGGACUUUGAUCAGUUAAGACAGAUUGGUUGGGAACUUGGCUUCCCUAAAACUCGAGUGGUGUGUUUGAGACAAGAUUCUCGUCCAAUGGCCAUUUUGGCCAUUUUCGGGCCCUCAUUUGAAAACGACAUUUAG